AUGGCUUCCCGAAGCGCCCCCCGGUCUAUGGUCCGCACCGUCUUGGCUUCGACCUCCACCGCUAGUCAAGCUUGCGCUUGUCGUGUCUCCUCCGCCCCACGCAUGAGCGCUAUGGCAAUUCUGAGGCACUACUCUUCACCUAGCGAGCCUAAGCGAGCAGAAGCUGGGACCGCUGCCACUGAGGCUGGUCCAUCUAGCACAGAAGCGCUUCAACAAGCUGCUGCUGCAGGUAAGUUCCUCGCUCUGGUGUGAUGGAAAGGUCAAGCGGCAACAAGUAAAGCAGUGGGGAGACAUCAAUGUUCGAGAUUAUGCAAUGUCUCUGACACAUUCGCUGUCUCUCUGUCUCUGGUCAGGAUAUGGUCCACCUGCAGGAAUCGUCUCGUCAUGCCCAGAAGGAACGGUGCUGAAGGGUCUCGCGUUGCUAAAAGAUCAGCCCGAGCCUGUUGCUCUACCAGAUGCCUCUUACCCAACAUGGCUCUGGUCGCUAGCAGGGACAACUGGAGGAGGCUCGGACGUUACGUCGUUGGGUGCGGCUGCCACCAAGGGAGAGCUCAGAAUCGCUUUGAAGAGGGCGAAAAAGGCUAAAAGGUUGGCGGAUGCCAAGGCUAGCAAGACCGCUGCUCAGGCGCAGCAGGUGGAGGAAGUCCCCAAGACGCCAGAGGAGAUCAAGAGGCAGCUUAGGAAAAAGAAUCGCGAACGGAUCAAGGCCUCAAACUUUGUCAAGGCCGCGUGA